AUGCUCAGCAACAUUGGGAUCAAGGGAGGUGACAGGAAGAGGGCUGUAGGCAGACUUGGACAAGCUGCAGAAAAAGCAUCCAACUGGCUGUGGAUGAUGCGAGAGGAGAAGAGGAGAACGGCAUGCGGGAGCACGGCAAGGCAGCGGCAACGCUCAGAUUUUACAUCUGGUGAGACGUUGGAGGAUCCUAGUCAGGACUCAACCCACAGUACUGGGGACCUCUACGCAGCUGAGAAGCCACGCACCAAUUCAGCAGAUCCUGAUAUUGUCUCGCAAGUCAGCGACAUCUUCGACGAAGAUGACCCUCUUCUAGAGCUUUUAGGUACUCCAGAUAACCUGAGGCCAAACACAGACACACAGCACAACACCCGAAAUACAGCUUCCAAUACUAAUGCCACAGUUCAGAAGGUUAGAAUUACAUGGCCCAAGACAAGUGACAGGAUCCUGUGGAAACAGUUUGAUGAAGACCUCAACACCAUCCUGGAAACAACACUCCAAGGGCCAGUAGGGAAGAAACUGAAGUCUCUGACCAACCUUGUCCACUCUAUCGGCAAAGAACGAUUUGGUGAGGUGAAACGGAAACCCACCAGAACCCCUGCACAGCCAAAUAGAAAACAACGACAGAUCACAGAGAUUAGGAAAGAGCUGAAGUCACUCAGGAAAUCCUACCAAAAAGCAAAUAUAGAGGAAAGACCCGGACUUCAGCAGCUUAGAGAUGAACUCAGACAGAAACUGACCGAUCUUCGUAUUGCAGAACAACUCCGAGACAAGCGGAAGAAGCGAACCAAGAGGCGAGCUGAGUUCAUAGCCAAUCCAUACAAGUUUUCCAUAGGACUCCUAGACAAAGAAAAAUCUGGGAAGCUUGAAAGCAGUAUGGAGGAGAUAAAACAGCAUCUAAAGGAAACACACUCAGAUCCAGCAAGAGAUAAUCCAUUAGGAAGCUGUCCAAGAAUUGAACAAGUCCCAGAACCCACAAUUCCACUAAACAUAAAAGAACCCAAAAUGAAGGAAGUAUCUGAUGUAGUUAAGAAAGCAAGAAGCGGCUCCGCACCAGGACCAAACGGUAUACCCUAUAAAGUAUACAAGAUGUGCCCGAUGCUACUAAGAAGACUAUGGACCCUACUUAAGGUGAUAUGGAAGAAAGGAAAAGUCUCAGAUUGUUGGCAACAGGCAGAGGGAAUAUUUACUCCAAAGGAAAAGGGCUCCAAACAUGUGACCGAAUUCCGAACCAUUUCACUGUUGAAUGUGGAGGGGAAAAUAUUAUUCGCUGUCCUGGCAAGACGAAUGACCACGUUCCUGACAACCAAUCAGUACAUUGACACAUCAGUACAGAAAGGGGGGGUUCCGGGCUUCUCUGGCUGCAUUGAACACUCCAGUGCCAUCAGUCAGAUCAUCCGUGAAGCAAAGGUGAACGCCAAUGACCUCACAGUCGUCUGGUUAGACCUCGCCAACGCCUAUGGCUCCAUACAACACAAGCUUAUUGAAGAAGCAAUGAAGCACUAUCAUAUCCCAGAGCAUAUACAGAGGAUCAUAAAUGGCUACUUUGAUGGCAUACAGCUUCGAUUCUCAAUCGGUGACCAGACAACGCCAUGGCAGAGGUUAGAGAAGGGGAUAGUAACUGGCUGCACCAUCUCAGUGGUACUAUUCGUGAUGGGCAUGAACUUGAUCAUCAAUGUCGCGAAGAGGGAAACCAGAGGACCAAAAACAGCGUCAGGUCUACACCUCCCAUCCAGCAGGGGGUUCAUGGAUGACCUGACCAUCACUACCACCACACAUGUACAGGCCCGCUGGGUACUAACAGCCCUACAGGACACAGUCACAUGGGCACGAAUGAAGUUCAAACCUAAGAAGUCAAGGAGCCUGAUCAUCAAGCAAGGAAAGGUCACCAAAAGAUUCACUCUACAGGUGCAAGGGGAAGACAUUCCAUCCAUUAUUGACAGUCCAGUCAAGUGCCUCGGCAAGUGGUACGACGCCAGCCUGAAGGACACUAACAACAUCACUAGAGUCAAAAACCAGCUCCAAGAUGGCCUGAAGCUUAUAGACCAGACAGGACUCCCGGGCAAGUUUAAGGCAUGGCUCUACCAACAUGGGUUAUUACCUAGGCUUAUGUGGCCCCUUAUGCUGUACGAGAUAGCUACAACCACUGUAGAAGGAUUCGAGAGAGUGAUCAACCGGCAUCUCCGGAGAUGGCUUGGUGUCCCUCCUAGUUUCACCAGCAUUGGACUGUAUGGCAGAACCAACCAACUUCAACUCCCAAUGACCUCACUAGUUGAAGACUUCAAGGUUGCCAAAGGAAGACUGGUGGUAACCCUCAAAGAGUCAUCAGAUGACAUGAUAUGGAAGGCAGGCAUAGAGACACGCACAGGGCGAAAGUGGUCAGCAAGCCAGGCAGUCGCCCAGGCAGAAAGCAGACUACGACACAAAGACAUCGUAGGCACCACAGCUAUAGGAAAACAAGGCCUGGGCAGUUCAAAACCACAACGCUGGAGCACUGCCGGUAAGAAAGAAAGAAGCCAAAUGGUCCAGUAUGAGAUCAGGCUUUCAGAAGAGGAAGACAGGCGUGCCAGAGCAGUCGGGAUGGGAGGGCAGUGCGCAUGGACAAAAUGGCAGACCACAGAAAGACACCUGACAUAG